CUGCUAAGCAGACCGUGGGCACUUGUGAAUGUCUGGGAUAACUAUAUUUGCUGAAGCUGAACACCAUAAUUUGGAAAUUCUGAUAUUCAAGUAGGUGUUUCAAUUUGUUGAGUUGGAUUUCAUUUUUGGGAGAAAACAAAUCAACUAAAGGAGCGCUGCACCAAGACUUUGGGCAUAAAAAGCCCUUCUGAGGCAGAAAGGAGACGUGGUCGUCCGUAUUAUGAACCUACAUUGUAUUUUGGCAUUCCUCCAUCUAUGGAACACAAGAUAAUUCAGACAGAACUGAGGCUGAGGUACCCACCAAUUGGAGUAUUAAAGGGCCUUGAUAGAAGAAACUGAGGAGAACACUACCUCCAGGGCCCCCUGACAUUAGUGAUAUAGACCAAGACCCAUGUGUGCCAGAGACUGCCAAGAUCAGUUUGGUCUCAAAAACUUCAGAGAUGGUGGCAGGAGUGUGUUUGAAGUGUGUUUUGAAGACAGCACUUUUUCAAAAGUGGGAGGACUUCCAGUCAAGCCAUACCCAGAAGAUCCAGCAGUGUACAAACCACUCUCCCAGGAAGAGCUGCAAAGGAUAAAAAAUGAAAAGAAACAGAAGCAAAAUGAGAGGAAACAGAAAAUAUCAGAGAAUCGCAAACACCUGGCUAGUGUACGGGUGGUACAGAAGAACCUCGUAUUUGUGGUAGGGCUAUCCCAGCGUCUAGCAGAUCCAGAGGUUUUGAAACGACCAGAAUAUUUUGGGAAGUUUGGUAAAAUACAUAAAGUAGUUAUCAACAACAGCACAUCAUAUGCAGGCUCACAGGGUCCGAGCGCAAGUGCAUAUGUAACCUACAUCCGGUCAGAAGAUGCUCUGAGAGCUAUACAGUGUGUCAAUAAUGUGGUGGUAGACGGCAGAACACUUAAGGCUUCUUUAGGUACAACAAAAUACUGCAGUUAUUUCCUAAAGAAUAUGCAGUGUCCAAAACCAGACUGCAUGUAUCUACAUGAGCUGGGGGAUGAAGCAGCCAGUUUCACAAAAGAGGAGAUGCAGGCGGGUAAACACCAGGAAUAUGAACAGAAGCUACUGCAAGAAUUGUACAAACUAAAUCCCAAUUUCCUCCAGCUGUCUACGGGUACAGUUGACAAGAACAAGAACAAAGUGACAGCACUGCAGAGGUAUGAUGCACCCAACAGUAAUAACAAAGAUGCCUGGCCAUCAUUACAGAGUUCAAGUAAAUCAGCCAACGGUUUAACAAUGGAACACAGGAAAACGCCUCCUAUAUUAGAAAAUGGCACAGACCCAGAACACAUGACUCCAGAUGGUGCAGACUCAGAUUUCGGCCCUAUCGACAAACCUACAGAUUCUCUCAGUAUAGGAAAUGGUGACAACUCACAGCAGAUAUCAAACAGUGACACACCUUCACCACCGCCUGGUUUAUCAAAACCCAAUCCAGUUAUACCCAUCAGUUCAUCCAAUCAUAGUGCACGGUCUCCCUUUGAAGGGGCUGUAACAGAGUCACAGUCGCUCUUCUCAGACAACUUUCGGCAUCCCAACCCCAUCCCAAGUGGGCUUCCCCCAUUUCCCAGCUCUCCGCAGACUUCCAACGAUUGGCCAACAGCACCAGAACCACAGAGCCUCUUCACAUCAGAAACCAUCCCAGUAUCCUCCUCUACAGACUGGCAAGCGGCUUUUGGGUUUGGUUCCUCCAAACAGCAAGAGGACGACUUAGGGUUUGACCCCUUUGAUAUCACCCGCAAAGCCUUAGCAGACCUGAUUGAGAAGGAACUGUCAGUCCAAGACCAACCUUCCCUCUCGCCCACAUCUCUUCAGAACCCUACCCCACACACUACAACCGCCAAAGGGUCAGGCUCCGGAUUCCUGCAUCCUGCUGUACCCCCAAAUGCCAACUCUCUCAGUAACACCUUUCCAGUCUUGCCACAGAGGUUCCCACAGUUUCAGCAGCACCGAGCAGUUUACAACUCCUUCAGUUUUCCAGGCCAAGCAGCUCGCUAUCCUUGGAUGGCUUUCCCACGCAAUAACAUCAUGCACUUGAACCACACAGCAAAUCCCACCUCAAAUAGUAAUUUCUUGGACUUGAAUCUCCCACCACAGCACAGCACAGGUCUGGGAGGGAUCCCUAUAUCAGACAACAGCAGUUCUGUAGAGAGUUUAAAUAUGAAGGAAUGGCAGGACGGGCUAAGGGCACUUCUACCGAACAUUAACAUCAACUUUGGUGGACUGCCCAAUGCUUCUUCCCCCUCCAACGCCAACCACAGUGUACCAACGUCCAACACUGCCACCACCGACAGCCUGAAUUGGGACAACCCUGGCAGCUGGAUGGACCCCGCAAUCAUCACAGGUAUCCCAGCCUCCACAGGAAACAGUUUAGACACUCUUCAAGAUGACAAUCCACCCCAUUGGCUAAAAUCUCUUCAGGCGCUCACAGAGAUGGACGGCCCCAGUGCAGCCCCAUCACAGACGCACCACAGUAACCCCUUCAGUGCACAGAUCCCUCUUCACAGAGCCAGUUGGAAUCCCUACUCUCCUCCUUCAAACCCCACCAGUUUUCAUUCCCCCCCUCCAGGCUUUCAGACAGCCUUCAGACCCCCCAGUAAAGCCCCCACAGAUCUACUACAGAGCUCAGCACUGGAUCGUCAUUAGGAAAGGUGGAAAAAAACGUUAGAAAUGCAGGAAUUGCCCCACCCUGACUCCUUCCCACACCUACCUGCCGCUCCCCCUCAUAUCUUUCUUUCUGAAGAAUCCAGUUCCUGAUCAAACCUCCCCCCCGCCUCCAAAUGCAAUGCGAUCACAGGGUCAUGACCGUAUCUUUUUUUUGUUACGUUUCUGCUGAGCCAGUGUUUGAAAUUACACUGAUUUAAAGUUUCCUUAAACAUUCUAAGAAAAAAGAGAGAGAGAAAUUAAAAUGCAGUCUCAAUGCUUAAAGAGAAUAUUACUGUCUUAUGUCUUUUUUUGCACAUGUGUAUUUCUGCCUAGUGGAAAUGUCAAUCUACAGUAGGGGAAAAAUGUAAUGUAAACUGCAGAAUCAAUUGCAGAAACAUAAAGCAAGUUAUUUAAUUUAAAUGAAAUUACUGAACAUGUGGGGCAAGCAGAGGCCUAGCAUUUAUUUUGCAUUCAGUGUGUCACUACACAGGGAAAUUGCUAUGUAUUUUUUUUUGUUGGAAAGGGGGACUUUAUUGUGUCAGUCAGUAAAAGGUUUGACAUAAAGUGUGUUGAAGGACAAAACUUGUAGAAGUAACUGGCAUGUUGCUAAAGAGUGGUUUAAAGAGGGGAAAAAUAAGAUUUCUUUUUAAAUUUUGGCUUUAGAUUUAAAGUAAACUUUAAUGUUUUAAAAGUAUUCACAGAUUUAAUACCUAGUGUAUACAUAAUAUAAUUAUAAGCAGCUGAAACACGAGUGAUAUUUACUUCAGUCUUUCUGUCUCCUCUGUCAGUCUCUCUUUCUUUUUUUUUAAAUUCACCUGAUUAGGGCACUCUGGGAUAGCACUGCAUUGGGUCCACAUGAUCACCAUCAGGAGCACAACCUUUGACCUCCUUUGCCUGCAGCUUUUACUUAACCCUGUAGUUUCUGGACGUUUGUGCAGUAUUGAAAAGACGGGAAAAAGAAACAGAUAAAUAAACAUGGUUAUAACCUGACGCUAAAACUAAAAACAAGGAAAUGUACCUCUUUCUUCAGAAUUAAAACUAAAAAUCUUAAAUAAAACAGAAAACUUGACAGUGA